AUGGAAAAUGAAGAGAAAUACAAAACCAUUAAGAAAGAAAUUCUCCAUGAAGGUGACAGUGAUUCCAGCACAGACCAAGAUGCUGCAAGUAGUGAAGAUGAGGAGGAAGAAGAAGUAGGAGAUGAUGAAGGACAAAAAGUGACCCUCCUUGACAAAACAGAAACCCAUCUGGUAUCAUUUCGGCGUACAAUCUAUCUCGCUAUUCAGUCAAGUUUAGAUUUUGAAGAAUGUGCUCACAAAUUGCUGAAAAUGGAGUUCCCUGACAGCCAGAUGAAAGAACUUUGCAACAUGAUACUCGAUUGCUGUGCCCAAGAGAGGACAUAUGUGAAGUUUUUUGGGUUAUUGGCAGGGCGUUUCUGCAUGCUAAAAAAGGAAUACCUGGAAUCCUUUGAGGGCAUGUUCAAGGAACAGUAUGAUACCAUACAUCGCCUAGAAACAAAUUACGAAAUGUUGCCAAGAUGUUGGAGAGUUCACACCUUCUUUAAGUNGAGUCAGCUUUCCAAGCAAUAUUCAAGCAGAGAUCUCCCUUCCCACACAAAGAUUAAAUACAGACAAACCACUCAAGAUGCUCCUGAAGAGGUUUGCAACCAUAACUUUAGGCGAGAACUAGAAGAAAGAGAGAGAGUUGCUUCAAGAGAAAAAAUCAGAAAUUGUCCAACUAGAGAGCACACAACCUCAUCUUCUGUGUCUAAGAAACCUCGCUUAGAUCAGAUUCCUGCUGCCAACCUUGAUGCAGACGAGCCACUUACAGAUGAAGAUGAAGAUUUUGAGGAAGAAAGUGAAGAUGAUGACACUACAGCUCUAUUGGCAGAACUAGAAAAAAUAAAAAAAGAAAGAGCUGAAGAACAAGCCAGAAAGGAACAAGAACAAAAGGCUAUAGAAGAAAGAGUUCGAAUGGAAAAUAUCCUGAAUGGAAACCUUCUCCUUAAUCUCACUGGCCCCUCUCAGCCUCAGGCCAACUUCAAAGUAAAGAGGAGGUGGGAUGAUGAUGUUGUCUUUAAGAACUGUGCCAAAGGAGUAGAUGAACUGAAAAAGGACAAAAGAUUUGUAAAUGAUACUCUUCGAUCAAAAAAUCAUAAGAAGUUCAUGGAGAAAUACUUCAAGUAG